AUGUCUGAUAGUAAUAGUAUAAUGACAUCAUCAUCAUCAUCAUCAUAUGAUAGUAGUAGUAAUAGUGAUAGUUUGAUGACGACAACAACAUCAACAACAUCGACAUUUGAAAUGGACAUCAACUCAAUCAAGUCAUAUAGUCUGCUGGAGGAUGUCAAUGAUGUGUUGGAGCAAUCACUCGAUGAUCGUUACUACUCAUUGGAGAUUGACGCAGAGGAUUAUGAGCGAUACCUAUACGAGUUGGCAAAGCAACAGGAUCGAGACCGAGUGGACAGACUGAUCGAGGAGGAGCGCCAGCGUCGUCUGCAGUUCGUGCAGGAGGCCGAGCAGCGGCGGUCCACCAUGAUGAAGCGCGCCACACAUCUAGAGGACGUGCGUGUCAUCAACCGCAACCUCAAUCAACGUCUCGAAGAGCUGACAGCAUUGUUAUCUCGACGACAGGAGCAGAGCGAACGCAUCGCUCAUUAUAAAGAGCUAUGUAGGAUCAAGCAGGAGCAGGCGACACAAGCUGCCCGGCGUCGGGCAGAGGCUGAGGAGGCAGCGCGACAAGAGAUAGAGCGAAAGCGCAGAGAGGAGGAUGCCAAGAAGAAGAGGACGAGGAACCCCGCCAGCAGGGUGAUACGCAGUCUGCUCACAGAUGUCAAGACAUCGUCCAAGAAGUGGGCUGGCGUCAAAUACGAUGGACAGGAAGAGCUGUACGACUCACUGGAGAAGGUGCUCACUGCGCUGCGAGAGGACGGUGAGAACAGCUAUCCCUUCCUUCAAAAGGUCAAGGCGUCUGAGGCGCCCAACUACUACGACAUCAUCAAGCGGCCAAUGGAUCUUGGACUAAUGACAAAGAAACUGAAGAAGUCAGAGUACACAAGCAAGGCAGAGUUCCAAUUGGACUUGAACCUUAUAUUCACCAAUUGUAGGAUAUACAAUACCGAUCCAUCGAGCAGGAUAUACGUAGACCAUGCGAAUCAGUUGGAGAAGCGCGCAAAGGAACUUAUGAGAUCGGUUCGCGACGUCGACUUCUCGAUCGAGAAAGAUCCACCACCACCAUCAUCAAAGACUGGCGCUAUGACACCUCAGUCAAUGUCAACGCCACCAUUGCCACUGAGCGACAUUGACGAACACCAUCAACAACAACAACCAAAGACAACAGUUAGAACGCCACGCGGGAAAGGCCGAUCGACGGCUACACCAACCAUCACACCUCCAAUAACGCCCACACCUAUCAUCUCAUCACCUUCAUCGCCCAUGUCAACUCCAGCAUCACCGGCACAGUCCAACACCUACCAGUCACCCUUCCACUCGUCGGUGGGACAGUCGUCGCCACAGCUUAUGGAGAACUUUGUAGACGACGUCAUUGUGGAUGGCAGCGAGAACCCCAACAACAGCAAUCAAGAGGAGGAGAUUGUGCUGCCCGAGGCGCCCAUCGAGGAGAUCACACAAACCGAGUCAGAGAUACAGACAUCGAUCGACAGGGUGCAGAAGGAGCUGCACGACUACCAACACAGGUAUCAAGACAUUGAUGGCGAGCUGAGGCGACUCGAGGAGAACCUGUCGCCUCCCGUCACGCUCGACGAGUCAGAGAUCGUCGUGCCACUUCAAGAGUUCCCAGCGAUCGUCACCGAGGAGGAGACUUCGUUCAAGGUGGCCAGCUGGCGCACGCUCACUAAGCAGGCGCGUGUCAAGCGAAUGGAGCACUUUGUGGCGCAGUCCAAGCUGCCGUUCCCUCAUCAGGACGCAUUCCUGCGCACGCCACUACACAUGUCCUCCUACCACUAUCUGUCACAGCUGCAAUCACCGACGAUACGCCAGCUGCAACAAGGACAGCUGGCCCAGCGACAACAUUCAAACUACCUGCGACAAGUUGCCAUUGCACCGAGCAAUGGCUCAAUCACACCGAUACAACUGCACGACCUGGAGUUUGUCCGACUCGGCGUCGGCUUCUUCCCCGAGUACACUCAUCUGUGCAACUCGAUGCCAAACGUGGAGCCCGCCGAGCCCUCCACCUGUACACUCUCAUCCUCCUCCACACAACCCUCGCACACGCAGCCCGACAGCGGCGGCAUCGUCCAGUUCACCUCGGCCAAGCGUGUCAGUGCACUGCUCAUUCAAUCGAUCACAACACAACUACAGUCGGCUGGCUUUGUCGGCGCAAAUCAAGAGGCUCUCAAUGUUCUUACAGACAUUGCGGGCACGUACAUAUCGACUAUUGGCAAGUUGUUGAGCUCACAUCUCUCAAACUAUGGCGCGACCAAGAGUGUUGCCGACACGGCCAUGCUCCUUGGCCUUGUGUUCCGUCAGCUAGGCAUCAAGAACAUUGCCGUGCUGAAGGACUUUAAAGCUCACGCCAACACAAUGGUCAUUCACGACAAUGACGACGUGUCGAGCGAGUGGUCCACCGAAGGUCUGUUUGGCCGCGGCUACCCCAAGCACAUUGACGAGCCUGGCGAGUUCUCAUUGUUUGUCGACACGAAGCUGCAGCAACAACAACAGCUACAACAACAGCAACUGCACCAACAGCAACAGCUACAGCUACAGCAGCAACAACAGCAGCACGGCUCGACACUCAAGCCCAUCUCCAACUUCCAGCCCACCGCACAACAUCACCAAGCACAUUUGCAACCUGUAUCCUCAUCACACAAGCCAGCCGGCAACAUUCAAUUUCAUCCGAAUCAACAACAACACCAACAUCUAUUACAUCAACAACAGCAACAGCAACACCAGCAACAACAACAACAGUUACAACAGAAGCAAGCGAUACCUGGUCAGCAACCCAUCCAGCCGCUGCAGCCACUUCCCACACAGCCAACCACAGUGCCACCAUCAGCCACACCAACACCCACCGCCAAGACAGAGACAGCAAGUGGUAGCAGUAGUAGUACCUCCAAAAGGAAGAAAGCAUCGUCUUCGUCAUCAUCAUCGACUUCAGAAACAAAGACAAAGGCAUCGAAGCCAAAGAAACCUAGAAAGUCUGAUACAAAGGCUAGCACGCCUCAGUUGGAUUCAUCGACGUCGUCAACAACAGCAACAACACCGGCAAUGGCACCAGUGGCAGCCACUACUACCGCUGUUGGUGGAGGUGCCACAUCACAUCUACCAUCAAUCAAUCUUCAAGUGCAAUCAGCUACAGCCGCUCAACAACAACCAAUUUUUGCAAAUCCACAUGCCACGCCACUACCGCAGCCACCAGCAGUUCAAUCAGUAUCCAAACCAGUGGUUGUGGCCCCGCCUGCAGUAGCAUCUCCAGUGACACCAUCAGCAAGUGAAACCGACCCCAGUCGGCCCGUCCCACCGAUGCCCGUAGACGUGAAGGAGAAAAAGAAGCGAGGUAGACCUCACAAGAAGCCACCCCCAGCGUCAUCAGGGCAGAGUGAGUGA